CAGAAAGUUAUCGGGAUCUUUCCCACCGACUUGACUGGGGUGUCUGUCUUGGAAUCUACGUUUUGAAGUCAGCCGCAGGUACCGGGUUAUGUUCAUUUUCUACCUAUUGUUGCUUCAGCUGCUGCAAACAUUACUUGCAUUUCCACAUUACCAAAGAAAACUAAAGGUAUCAAAGUAUGCAAUGAAAGAAGUAUUCGCCUCAGCAGAGCAAGCCAAUUCAUUCAUUGGACGGCAUCUUCUAAACAAUAUACUUGAGCUUGAAAUAUUUAACACAGAUAACCUUGAAAGAGAAUGCCAUGAAGAACUCUGUAAUUACGAGGAAGCAAGAGAAAUUUUUGAUGACCCAGAAAAAAUGAAGACUUUUUGGAGUGAAUAUGUCUCUAGAAAUUCUGGCAAAAAGCCAGAUGGCAAAGAAGCACAGGAGAUUGAUGUUAUACUGCUUCUGACUGGUCUAAUUGCAAUUGGAGUGCUAUUGGUUAUAACUGGCUUACUAAUUUAUUAUCUCUGCAAAAGAAAAUGCCCACGAAGACAACCACGACGACACACAGGUUGUCGGCUGCAUAAUUCUUCCAUCUUUAGGCGACAUGAAGAAUUUUCCUUAAAUCCUCUCUCCCCAUGCCCUGAACACACAGGACUGCCAAGCUAUGAACAAGCAGUGGCACAAAGGGGAGAUUAUGAUGCUCCACCUCCACCCUAUCCAGGACUUUCAGGAAGAUUUAAAGCAUUCAAGAAGUCUCUCUCACUUCCUGGCCCUUGAUUAAUAAAUAUGACUUCUCAAAAGGAUGAGACUGAAUCUUGACUAAAAGAAAUGUGCAGCUGAAAUGCUGCAAUAUUGUGGUUGCUUCAGGAUGGCCUUUCACAAUGUGAAAAGGAUGUGGCUCUUCAGCACACCUGAGAGGAAGUGAAGUGUGUCAGGUGAACAAGGAAGCCAUCCUUCUGUAAUGCUCUGGUGCCCUAUUGUGAAAUAAUCCUUUUUCAUACUUCUUCCCUAAGAACUGUUGUGAACUUGGCUUCUGUGCCUUUUGAGCCAAUUGAUAUGCCAUUUUUCUUGUAUGUUACGAACUGAAAAGUUUAAUGGUGAUUUUUAAAAACCGUGUGUAUUUUUUUAACUGUUAAUCAGAAUGAAUGAUAACAAUGUAAAUGUAACAAGGCAGUGUUAUUUCUAAAUACUUCUAGUAAUAUUUUAGAUGAACUGGUAGUCUGUUAAUAUUUCAUGGGUGAUAGUGAACAAAGUUGGAACUCACGUACCUAACUUAAAAGGCCUCACUACCAAAGGGAUAUGACUGAAAUUCUCUUCUCACUUUUCCUCCUUGCUUUAUGCCCUCAUCUUCAGGAUGUGGCCUGUUUAUUGCCUAUCACAUCUGUGAUAAGAACUUAACAUGACUGCUGUGCAAACUUGGAAAAUUUGUUAAUGAAAUUUGUACAUGAAGAUAAUUUAUAGAGAAUUGCUGCAAUUUUAAAACACUUUAUGUUUGUGGCAAAUGUUAUCACUAAAUUAAAACUACAAGCUU